CUGAUGGAGCCAGAUGAGAAAGGCAGGAGGCGAGCCCCUCCGGUUGCGCGUCAGCAUCCCCUCAAAUAGGAAUCCGCUGCUGUCACUUCUGCUCUACAUACUGAGAGACGGGUGACUGUUACCCUGAAACAACAAUCUGAAGGCGAAUUUCACUUGACAUGCAGCUGUUUUUGCAUGUGAUGCCAAAGAAGAAGAGUCAGGGGAGGCUGUGAGGAGGCUGGCGCUUCGCAAAGAAUGAUAGUGAGGAUCCAGGCGUGCUGUCCCAGGAGAACUCAUCUGAAGAGCUGGCCUCGAGAGACCGGGAUGCUCGUCUAACGCACCGGGGGGCGAGUUUUCCUGAGCAGACAGUCUGUGUGGCGGAUUUUGAGUUUGAUCGGAAGUGAGUGAGUAAGCGAGAGGGAGUGGGUGUCAUGGAGGACAAAGGAGAUGGAGUUUUCCCAAAACACUACCUACCAAAACUUGCUGCUCCUGGGAGCCAUCGCGGCGGCGUCCGCCUUUGUGGUCACUAUCCUUAUUGUCCUUGUCUGCGUUGGCUGCCAAAGAAAAAGCAAGAGCAAGCACCCCCCAGCCGGAGAGAAAGGGACAUCUGUAAAUAUGCAGGGUUCCCUUCGACACCCAAAACUAAACUCCAUGAGCAAAUCUGACACCAGGCUGCAUGAGAUCAAUCGCUUUCCCUGCAAUGGAAACUCUGUUGGCAAGAGCCGUCCAGCCAGCAUGGACCUCCUGCUGCUCCACAGUCGGCGCUCGCAGAACGACCUAAGACCCUCCCAUGGGCGCCAGCUUCCCCAGAUCCCCACCAGUCCCACGGGAUCUGGUCAGGGGGGAGGAGGGGAAACGGGAGGAGAUGGGGGAGGUGGCGCAGGUGGCGCAGGUGGAGGAGUAGGAGUAGGAGUAGUAGUAGGAGGGGAGACUCGAGACCACACCUACACUGAGGUGGGCAUCCGCAACAACCCCACCCCCACCCACUGCCUGGAUGACGGGCUGUAUGAAAGCGUAGGUGUCCGGGAAGGUGACACAGGCCCCAAGGUCCCCUCCGCCCCGCCGCCCUCCUCAAGCAGCACUCCGGCUACAAUCAGAGCGGCCCAAAGCCCCCCCGCUCAGGCCAACGGAGCUUGCAAUGGGAACGGUCAUGUGAAUGGUGGCAGAGGGAACGGCAGAGGUAAUGGUGUCAUUAACGGGACGUUGGCAGGAAGAGGUAAUGGUGGGAAUGGGGUCAACAGGUCCCCUCUGUCUUCUGUCAACUCUCUCGCCAUCCAAGAUCAAACUGCAGCAGAGUACGCUUCCAUACGGAAGUUCAGAAAGGUCGACAAGACAAACAGGAAGGAAAAUAACGGCGCUGACAGCCAUUCAGACCAAUCGAGUGUGAGUGAUUCACCCUCUACAGCUCCUCCUCCACUUCAUCGCAGUCAGGAGUUUCCGCGCAAAGCACUGGAGCCGUUUCACCUGCAAACCUUCCCGAAGGAGCCAGUGUUCAUGGGCAAUGGGGAGCAGUACAUCUGGAAGCCUCCAGAGGAAGAUGAUAUCAUCACCUUGCACCCUCCUCCACUCCGCGCAGAGAGUGUACAGGGGCACCCAUCACCCCCCACUGCAAAGGAGAUUGCAGACACCUACUCCAUUGUGUGUAAAACCCAGAAGAAGAAACCUCCCAUGGAAAACAACGGAUCAAAGACCCUCCCACGCUCCUUUGGCGGAGGUUCACGGGGCCGUGGCAGAGGAGUUCAGGGCCCGGCACGUUCCCAGGAGGAGCCGGGCUACGAGCCGGUAGGAGACAGGUCCUGGCCCGAGUCUGACCCCGCGUACGCUACAAUCGACGCCCACCGGAAAAGGGAGCAGGGGGGAACCAAUAACAGCCCAGUUGGGGGUUCUGCCACUCUGAAAAGGAAGAAGCAGACGCUGCAGCAGGCAGCUCCAGCAGCUCCAGCGGCUCCAGCGGCUCCAGCGGCUCCAGCGGCUCCAGCGGCUCGAGUGGCUCCAGUGGCUCCAGUGGCUCCAGCGACUCCAGCGGCUCCAGCGGCUCCAGCGGCUCCAGCGGCACCAGCUGCACCUCAGGGCUCAGGACCCACCGCCCUGCCUAGAGGCGUUCCUGGUGGGGAAAACUUCUACGAGACUAUCAGCGAUGUGAAACAAGGGGCCAACAGCUCCAGUACCACCACCAUCUUCACCUUCAAUGAUGGGAUGGAGAUGUAUGUCACUGGCCUGUAGCUGGCUGACAGGCAGAAAGGGCCCAGGACCCACUGGUACAGAGUCAUGAAAGGGACCCUCCUGUUCACCUGCCAACGUCUUGCUGUACAUACAUACAAGGCCCUCUAUAGACAAAAAACAUGAGGAUCCAUUUUGUGAUGACAUCAGGUACAAACAGGGUCUUAAUCCAGGUUCAGACAUCCCUACAUUGGUCUGUACUUCAGAACCAGCCUAAGCCUAGUCCAGCCCAAAUAUGGACCAAAUACGUUUUAACAAAAAAAAAAAGAUUAAGAAAACUGGAAUAUACAUCUUCAGUCUACUGUGUCACUGACCAUACUCACCUGUUUGUGUAUCAUUUUCCAUAAUAUCUUUAUUUUUAUAUGAACACUGUACGCUUCAAAAAGUAUGUGGUGUAACUCACAUCCUGAGAAGAACACACUUUAAUAUAUAUAUAUAUAUAUUUAAAAAAGUAAUGUAUGUGCAUGCAUUGUGCAAACACACACCUGAAAAUAGAAACAAGUAGCAAGGAAAAUUGUAGGUAUAUUGAGAGGAAGAGGCACACUGUUACCUAUUAUCAGACAUAUACACACACACACACACACACACACACACACACACACACACACACCACACACACACACACACACACACACACACACACACACACACACACACACCACACACACACACACACACACACACACACACAUAUGCCUCAUUUUGGAGGGACUUAUGUAAUAAGCAGAUGGAUGGCACAGAGAUUUGCGGUGCUUAGCUCUCCCUAAGCAAACAUCUGAAACAGGUUCUCUGGUCGCUAUGGCCGGUUGCCGGGCAGACAGCAUUGUGGUGCUUUGCUCCAACACAGAAGUAAGCGAGGGCUAUGGUCUACAUUUUAAAAAUAAAUAAAAAGGUUCAUCGUUGUGCUCUACAUAGCAGUUAAUAAUAUCAGCCCUUAACUUAAUAAUGUUACAUCCAAUCAACAAUCAAUACUCCAAUUUCACAAACAUCUGUACCCAGAAGCAUGAUGACACACCCCAGCUCAGAUACAAACAUACUUGGCACAAUCAUGGGGGUAAGUUGAGAUCAGGGGCAUCGAGAAGGUUGUGAAAGAACUUCUCCAGAAGGAUACGGGUGACAGAUUUCACAAUACAAAAUGUUCACUGUAUACAACAUUGGGAAAAUGUAGAAUAUUUAUAAAAAUAAGGAAGCGAAAGAGUGCCCAAAAUAAUACAGGAUGUUUUAUCCUGCGCAGUUAAUAACAUGUAAUGUCCUUUGGGGACUGUAAACUGCUUAUUUUCUGACCGUUAUAAUUUUGCACUCGAUAGCUGCGGGGGUUUUAAUUUAAUUGCUCAUUAACAUGCUGUAAAGGGCAUUUCCAAGUACAGUUCUAAAAGGCAUCUAUGGUCUCAAGUCAUAGCUAGAGCUCCCCAAAGCUCACCCGACUAAAGUCUGGUGGUUGAAAUAGCAACAUAGGGCUUGGACUCCAAGGAAAAUAAAGAGCUGGGCAUGAAAAUUACCAGUGAGUGUCUUUGGAAGGUUGCCCCUCGCUCUCUCGCUACCCUCUCUCCAGCCUCUGCACCGAGUUCUCUUCCGUAAUAAACAAUGUAUUUUCCAUGUAGCUUUGGGGAACAUUAAAAAAAGAACAGGAAUAAAAACAAAAUAUCAGACGUUUAGUGAAUGGGCAUAAAGAUAAGGGGUGAAGAGGGAUAUAAAAUGCUUACCGAGCUGAAGGAUGCAUUAGAAAAAGCACACUGUGAGACAACCAUGCAAAGAGAAGACGGGUUUAGUAGGGUUAGUAAUUCAAUGAUAAAUGCUACUGUUUCAGAAAGUAUAUAAAAAAAACAAAUGCACUCUGUAUUUUAAUGCACUGAUUAUUUUUUCUUACCUACUGACAAUACCAUUGGUUAAAUAGCUCAUGCCACUGCCAUGAAAACAGUACGUUGGUGCAAUUUUUUCCUGCUUGAUCAAAAAAAGUGCAUGCUUUGAUAUAUGGAGAUGAAAACAAAUAUUGUGGUACUUAUUUUAUCUCUUUGUUUGUUAAUAUGUUUCUGUUUUUUGCCAUGAGAUGCGAAGCAGCAUUCAGUUUAUUUUCCCAAAGCAGCUACCUGGAGGAGGAAGGGAGAGCAAUAGAAAGUGAGGGAGAAGCCGCUGGGAUUUUAGAGCGGAGCGUUGUUCAUCCUUCCGCUCUGGGGGAACAAGAAGGAGCGAUAGAGGUGAGGAGGGGGACGAAGAACAGCUAGUAAAACUGGAUAACUGAAAAUGGACACGGACCCAAAGGACCCUCCCCCUCCUGAUGUGUAUUUGCCAUAGGUAUUUGCUUGCUUGCGUACGUGCACACACACACACACACACACACACGAAAUCAGGCCCACACUGCCAUGUGUGUUUCCAGUUUAGGGGAUGAAGCACAUUUUGCUUCCUUGCAUUUUCUCCCUCCCCCAGCUGUGUUCAUUCUCCAAUCACCUCUCCCUCGCUGUGUAGGGGAGGGGCCUUUGAUGUCCAGUUAUGAGGGACUCA